AUGGCAACCCACAAAUACAACCCAUUUGCCAAGUCUAAUGAUAAGCAGCUGGUGAGUGAUGCCAUGACACUGAGCAUGCAAAGUGUGGUGUCAGUCCCAAGUGUGGGUCAUCGCCUCAUUGUGAAAUCCUAUGAGGUGCAAGUGUUAAGAAGUCAAUUGUCAAAGUACUAUAAGGAGAUUGAAAAGGGAGAUGGCAAAGACUUUGGAGGUGACGCCACACCAGCUUGA